AUGGCCGAUGUUGACGAUGGAGCUGCGGCUCCUGUUUCCGAGCCCCUUGAUCUUGUGCGAUUGUGUCUGGACGAAGUGGUGUUUGUGAAGCUAAGAGGAGAUCGCGAAUUGAAGGGAAGGCUGCAUGCGUAUGACAGUCAUUGCAAUCUGGUUCUGGGAGAUGUCGAGGAGACAAUCUACGUGGUGGAAGAAGAUGAAGACGAGGAUGGCGACGAGACCGUGAAGGUGGGGUUUGACUGA